AUGGCGCCCGAGGAGAGAGCGGAUGCUGCUCGCCUGCUGCGGGGUUUCGAGCGCCGCUUCUUGGCGGCGCGCGCACUACGCUCCUUCCCCUGGCAGAGCCUAGAAGAGAAACUAAGGGACUCAUCAGGCUCUGAGCUGCUGCUGGAUAUUUUGCAGAAGCCUUCGGGUGAUUCGGUCACCCUCUGCGAGAGCACUGCCAUCGUGUCCCAUGGGACCACGGGCCUGGUCACGUGGAACGCCGCACUCUACCUGGCCGAGUGGGCCAUGGAGAACCCAGAGGUGUUCGCUCACAGGACGGCCUUAGAGCUGGGCAGCGGGGCCGGCCUCACCGGCCUGGCCAUUUGCAAGUCAUGCCGGCCCAGCGCGUACAUCUUCAGCGACUGUCACAGCCGCGUCCUGGAGCAGCUGCGAGGGAACGUCCUUCUCAAUGGCUUCUCGUUGGCACCAGGCAUGGACGCCCGGGCGCAGCACCCGGGACCCCGUACCACCGAGGCAGAGCGCCCCCAGGUGACGGUGGCCCGGCUGGACUGGGACACGGUGACAGCGCCGCAGCUCGCAGCCUUCCAGCCGGACGUCGUCCUCGCCGCAGACGUGCUGUAUUGUCCUGAAACGGUCCUCUCCCUGGUUGGGGUCCUGCGGAAGCUCUCGACCUGCCAGAAGGACCAGCGGGCUCCUGAUGCCUACAUUGCCUUCACCAUCCGCAACCCGGAGACGUGCCAGCUGCUCACCACGGAGCUGGGCCGGGCUGGGAUCCCGUGGGAAGAGGUGCCUCGUCACGACCAGAAACUGUUUCCCUACGAAGAGCACUCAGAAAUGGUGAUUCUGAAACUAACGCUGUAGUUUUUACAGAUGGUUCUAAAGGGCAACCUGAAAAUCAAAUCACUGUCCUGGAAAGAAUCUGAUAAAACUUCCACUGGACUUGAAUGUUCAAAAGAUGUUAAAUUCUCAAUCCGAAGCCAUAAAGUGUUCUAACAAAAUAUAAACUGCUCGAGUGUGUGGGUA